AUGACCACCCCAACCCCACAAACAACCACAAACUCCCCCCACAACGCCCUCUACUCACCCUGUUCACCCACAAGCUCCCACAGUAAUCCCUCCGACACAAUAUCCAUUUCCACCAGCGACACCGACAGCAUCUCCUUCGGACCACGGACACCACCACCCCAUACACCAAUCUACAACAACUAUGACUACAACGAUCCCACUGCCAGGAAACGGAAAGCGUCUACCGAAAUAGAUCUAGAGGGGAUCCACACAUAUCAUUACACGGUACCUUCACGACCGCGUGGUGGGGAGGGUGAAUUCUCGGUCGGCGUUUUGGCCGAGGAAGAUUCCUUCUACCCGAAACGCCGACGUUCUUCCGUUCCAGACAGGGAUCAAGAACAAUCACAAUCACAAUCUCGAUCUCGAUCUCGAUCUGAAUCUCAAGGAGAGGAAGAAGAAGAUCAAGAUAUAUUCACACCCCUAGAAAUGCCCGAUGGCAGUACGCGCUUCACCUCCAAUUGGUUACCGGUGGACUCGUCCGGGGGAUUUACGAUUUGUCCUGAUCCGUUGGCGGGGGUGAUGGGGGAGGCGUUUGUGAGGCUACCUAGUGACUACUCUAUGGAGUACGCUAUGCGCUAUGGUACAUACGCUUAG